AUGGCCCCCCUCGAACCCCUAGCCGCAUCCGCCGAACUGUGCCCCGAGCCAGAAGAAAUGCGCCGCCGAUCCCUCUCCUCGGGCCCGCUCAGCGCCUCCGUCGCAUCGCUGCGUGCAUCAGGUGCAGGAGGACCUCGAAAAGGAGCAGGAGGGCUCCUGGCGAGCCUGGGCCUGGGAGGUGUCGCCCGCCGCACCCUCGGCAUAACCUUGCUCCUCGUCACCGUGUUCCUGUGGACCGCGUCCAACUUUCUGGCCAGCUACAUCUUCUCGGACCACACCUACGACAAGCCGUUCUUUGUCGUGUAUAUAAAUACCUCCAUCUUCGCCAUCAGCCUGAUACCGCUGUUUGUGCGGUACUACAUGCGCCAUGGCAUGCAGGGUGUGAGGGCUGAGCUGGUGGAGCUGUGGGUGAAUGAGAAGGGCCGGGAAUACAAGCAGGGCGGCGGGAACAAGAGGGCAAGGGGAAAUUCGCUCCUCGGACAGCCUACGGUGCUUAAGACAUCCGACGACGAGGAGCACGGCUUGCUCAGCGGCCGGGGAGAAGACGACGACGACGACGAAGAUGACGACCGGGACGCAGAGGCGCGCAGCAGCACGGGCGACAGCGCCACCAGCGCGAUGCAGAUCCAGGACGCGCCGGGCCUCGAGAAGCCCGCCGCCGACAAGCUCACCCUCCGCGAGACGGGCCUCCUGAGCCUCGAGUUCUGCAUGCUCUGGUUCUGUGCCAACUACUUCGCCUCGGCGUGCCUCGAGUACACCUCGGUCGGGUCCGUGACGAUCCUGACGUCGACGUCGUCGGUGUGGACGCUCAUCUUCUGCGCCGCCAUGCGCGUCGAGUCCUUCAGCGCCCGCAAGCUGGCCGGCGUGCUGGCCUCGCUCGCGGGGGUCGUGCUCAUCUCGAGCGUCGACCUGUCCGGCAAGAGCGACGAGGACCGCGGCAGCUUCCCGCACAAGAGCCAGGCCAGCAUCGCCGUCGGCGACGGCAUGGCCUUCUUCAGCGCCAUUGUCUACGGGCUGUACGUCACCGUCAUGAAGAGGAGGGUCGGCGACGAGGACCGCGUCAACAUGCCGCUGUUCUUUGGCCUUGUUGGCCUAUUGAACUUGAUCUUCCUGUGGCCUGGCUUCUUCCUCCUACACUGGACCGGUAUCGAGCCAUUUGGGUGGCCACCAACGGGGAAGGUGUGGGCCAUUAUCAUUCUCAAUUCCCUCUCCUCCUUCGUCAGCGACAUAUCCUGGGCUUUCGCCAUGCUUCUCACCUCGCCCCUGGUCGUCACCGUCGGGCUGUCACUGACCAUCCCGCUCUCGCUCAUCGGCGAGAUGAUCCAGUAUUCCCAGUACUCGAGCUGGAUCUACUGGGUCGGCGCGGGCAUCGUGCUGGUCUCGUUCCUUUUCAUCAACCACGAGAGCGCCGAGGAGGGGGAGAAAGACAAGCAGACCGCGCCUUAA